AUGAAGGGAUCCAUCUUCGCUGCGGCCGCCGCGGCCAUCAGCGGUGCCACCGCUGCAUCCCACCACCGCCACGCUCACGGUGAGCUGUUCAAGAGAGGCGCCGAGGCCUCGGUGUGCGUUCCUGGCUGCACCACCAUUUACACCACCAUCUACGGCGAGCCUACGCUGGUUCCUAACCCCCCCAGCAAGCCUUCCGCUGUUACGAGCAAGGCCCCCGUCCCGGAGAAGCCCACGUCCACCUUCAAGCCUCCCGUUGACGUGCCGACUCCUGUCCCUGAGGUCUGCCCUACUCCGGGCACCUACACCUUCCCGGCCACCACCGUCGUCGUGAGCCAGACCACCACCGUCUGCGCUCCUGAGACGACCAAGGUCCCCCCUGGCACUCACACCUUUGGCGGUGUCACCACUGUCGUCCAGAAUGCCACCACCGUUGUGUGCCCCUACGCCACCGAGAAGACCACCAACGGUGUUGUCACCAGCGUUGUCGAGACCACCACCUACGUCUGCCCCACCCCGGGAACUUACACCAUUGCUCCCACCACGACCACCGUGACCGUCCCGACCACCUGCAUCUACCCCGUCGUCACCGUCGUCACCCCCGGCACCUACACUCGCCCCGCCGUUGUGACCACCGUCACCGAGACCAGCGUCAUUGUCGUCUGCCCCUGGACCAGCGAGGAGCCCAAGCCUACCCUUCCUCCCCCGGCCCCCACGACUUCCGCCGUCGUCAAGCCUACCACCGAGGCCCCCGCUCCCCCUCCCCCGGCCCCUACGACUUCUGCCGCUGAGGAGCCCAAGCCGGAGCCCAAGCCCACUACCUCCUCUGCUCCCGCUCCUUCUCCCUCCAAGCCCGCUACUGGCGGCGGUCUCGGCGGCACCAACGGAGACCACUGGGCCAUCACCUACACCCCCUUCUCUGAGGACGCCUCCGGCUCUUGCAAGACCGCUGACCAGGUCGACGCUGACAUUGCUACCAUCAAGAAGUCUGGCUUCACCACCGUCCGUGUCUACUCCACCGACUGCUCCACCCUCGAGAACGUCGGUGCCGCUUGCGAGAAGUACGGUCUUAAGAUGAUCAUUGGUAUCUUCGUCAAGCAGACCUGCGACCCCAACUCCCAGGAGAUCAAGGACCAGGUUGAUGCCAUCGUCGCCUGGAAGAAGUGGUCCAUGGUCGAGCUCGUUGUCGUUGGUAACGAGUGCAUCUUCCAGGGCCGCUGCUCCGCUUCCUCCCUGAAGCAGCUCAUCGUUUCCGUCAAGUCCACCAUCUCCGGCGCUGGCUACUCCGGCCCCUUCACCACUGCCGAGACCGUCGGCGUCUGGCAGCAGGGCGAUGUCAUCUCCGAGAUCUGCGAGGUCAUCGACAUUGUCGGUGGUCAGAUCCACCCCUACUUCAACGCCGAGACCGCCGCUUCCGAUGCUGGUACCUUCGUCAAGGGCCAGAUCGAGCUCCUCGAGAGCAGCCAGAUCUGCGGUGGCAAGAAGGCCCUCAACCUUGAGUGCGGUUGGCCCUCCGGUGGUUCCUGCAACGGCAAGGCCUGCCCCGGUAAGGCCGAGCAGGCUACUGCCAUUGCCUCCAUCAAGGAGCUCGCUGGUGGCAAGACCGUCUUCUUCUCUUUCCACAACGACGAGUGGAAGGAGCCCGGUGCUUGCGGUUGCGAGCGCACCUGGGGCUGCGGUGACCUCUUCCUCUAA